GGAGUGACACAACCGCCGAUGAUGAACAAUUUUAGUAAGAAUAUCGGUGACGUUGCUGGGUGUGCAAUGUGGCGCCGGUCGGUUGUUCCUCUUCUCCAUGCGUGUUAGACCUUCCUGCUGUUUGCUGUGCUGGUGGGAGAGGGAGUGACAUGGGUGUUCCCCCUUACUCCUCCCCGUCCUGUACAGCCCUUCGUCCUAGUAGAGGCAAGGGCGCUCCCUUGUCCUGCCACCCCGCCCCAGCCCCUGCCCUUGGGUGGUGUUUCAGGAGAUGCAUCCAUGGCGCAUCGGCAUCAUCAUCAUCACCAGCAGCAGCAGCAAGAGGCAUUACCCUCCACCAGGUGCAUGGGAAUGAAUGAACCUGAACCGGCAUUUCGACCUCUUUCCUGCACGACACACAAAAGGGAAGAAUGACGCCUCGAGCCAGACGCCGUGACCAAACCUUCGUCCCGCUGCUGCUGGCCUCGCUCCUUGUCUCAGGAGCGAUGGCCAACCUGCCGCCCUCGUUCACCGCCGACAUGAACCUGCACGUGGUGAGCGAGAGCACGCCGGUGGGCGCCGCGAUCUACACGCUCAAGGGUUCAGACCCAGAGGGGGGCCCUGUCGCGUUCGGCCUCAGCGGGACGGAUCGGCUGCGAGUUGACCCCACCAGCGGCGUCGUCACCAUCGUGCGCCCGCUAGACAGAGAGAAAAACGACACCCUACGCCUGGUGGUAACGGUGGAGGACGAGGUGUCUGGCGCCAACAACAACGUGGUGCGGGUACCCGUGUCCCUCAUUGUGCUCGACGACAACGACAACCCGCCCAAGUUCCUACAGACGCCGUAUGAGACAAUGGUGGGCGAGGACAGCGCCGUGGGCAGCACCGUGUUGCCUGGGAUACGGCUUGUCGACGAGGACCAAGUGGGAGACAACAUCCAGGUGGAGUGUGCCCCCAUUGAGCAGGGUGAUGAUGUCUGUGACGUUUUCAACAUCAAGAUCAAUCAGGCUUCGGCUCGUAAGUUCUCCGGGAGUUUGGUGCUGCGAAGACCCCUCGAGUAUGCCUCCCACAGCCUUUACCAGUUCAAGCUCAUUGCUACAGAUGGUGGUCAGAUGUCAAGUGUCGGGGUGGUGGUGCGGGUCAGGGACGUACAGAACACUCCUCCGGUGUUCUCUGGCUCCCUCACUGGUAUCGUGAAGGAAGAUGACCCCAUUGGCACCAAGAUCAUGACCUUGCAUGCUGCUGAUGGUGAUGUGGGUGCCCCAAGACCAGUCAAGUACCAGCUGAUGACUAACACCUUGGACUUCUUCACACUGGAUCCUAAGUCUGGUGAGCUGCGCACUGCUAAGCCACUAGACAGAGAUGCUCUUCAGGUGCCUGAUGGAGUGGUGAAGCUCAAAGUGAAGGCUUAUGAAACAGAGAGGGGUCUGGCAGUGGGCUCAGCUGAUACAGAGACGGAGGUGGAAGUGACCAUCACCAUCAUUGAUGUCAACGAUGAGCCACCGACCUUUAACAAGCGAGAGUACCGGGCAUCUGUGCCUGAGAAUGUGCCAGAUGGGACACCACUUCCUAAUUUGGAUAUGUUUGUCCAGGAUCGUGAUGUUGGGUUCUUUUCAGUCUUCAGCCUCCGUUUGGUGGAUUCUUCAGGAAUAUUCAGCGUUGAACCACAAGUUGCUUCUGGGUCCUCAUCUGUCAGCAUCAGAGUUGCCAAGGGUCCUUUGGACUUUGAAAAUCCCAACCAGCGCAAGUUUCUCCUUCAGGUUAUAGCUGAGGAGACACUAACCAAUCCACGCUUGUCAUCCACUGCUACUGUUGUUGUCUCUGUCACUGACACCAAUGACAACCCACCAAAAUUUGACCAGGAAGCAUACACAGCCCUUGUGUCUGAGACGGCCAAUCCUGGCACUGUUGUCACCACCAUUGCAGCCACUGAUCGUGACACUGGGAUGUUUGGCACAGAUGGAAUCAAGUAUUCCCUCUUUGGCAAUGGAGCAGAGAAGUUUGACGUGGAUGCCACCACAGGCGUAAUCACUGUGGCCUUCUGUGACACACCAGGCCACGGCAACUGUCUGGACUAUGAAGAGCGACCCACCUACUUCCUCUCCUAUCAGGCUGUAGACAAUGGAGGGGAAGGCCACACAACAGUGGUCCCGGUGAGGAUCUCUCUGGAGGACAGCAAUGACAACCCACCCAAGUUCUCCCGACAGCAGUUCCGUGCAGUAAUUGAUGAGGGUGCCUCAGACUUCGACCCACCACUUACAGUGAUGGCUGAAGAUCCAGAUGCCACCUCCAGUGUAGUGUACAGUCUGGUGGGUGGUGACCCCACAGGACUCUUCACCAUUGAUCCCAACACUGGCAGAGUCAGAGUGGCCAAUGAGUCUGGCCUUGAUAUGUCAGACUUGAAGACUGAUCACAUCAUUCUCACAGUUGAGGCCAGUGAUGGUACAGGUUCUCACACUGCCAACGUAAGAGUUUCGGUAAGGGAUGCCAACAACAAUAUUCCCAUCUUCAGCAAGAAGGAGUAUGUGGCAGCCGUCCAAGAAAAUUCUGCUACAGGGAGUGUGGUGGAGCAAGUGUCAGCCAGUGAUGCAGACACAGGAGAAAAUGCCGUCAUUUCAUACCGCAUUCAGCGUGGUGGAUAUGAUGACUUCGCCAUUGAUCAUGAAACAGGAGUAAUCACUGUUGCCAGGAAGCUUGACUUUGAUAGAAGACAAAGCUAUGACAUUGAAAUUUUAGCAACUGAUGGAGGCUUACCUCAGCAGACCUCCACUGCUUCGCUUACUGUCAGUGUCAUUGACAAUAAUGACAAGAACCCAUACUUCACUCCCACCACACAGCGCUCACAGGUUUCAGAAGAUGUGGAACCCGGUACUACAUUCUACACAUUGGCUGCUCAGGACCCAGAUGUGGCCGGUGAAGGUGCACUUGUAUUUGGAGCAGAACCACCAGUGUCAGCAGUGAACAGUGAUGGCCGCCUGGUGGAGGGUCCACAGCUGGAAGAACUUGCAGAAGUGUUUGUGGUGGAUCCAGCAACAGGUAAUGUGACGGUAACCAAGUCACUGGACCGCACAGUAGCAACAGAAGUGACUCUUGCCGUGACUGUGACAGAUGUGUCUGCUACCCCACCUCAGGUUGGGCGAGGGAAUCUGGUCAUCACCAUUGUGGAUGUAAAUGAUUUUCCACCUAUGUUCCCACCUCCCUGGAGCCCUGAAAACCCUGUCCUCCUUGUGAAAGUAGCAGAGGAGCUUCCUCUUGGCUCCCUGCUCACCACCAUUACAGCCUCUGAUGUGGAUUCUAACAUAGGGGGAUACUCACUCAGCGAACCAUCAGAGCACUUUUCCCUUGACAAUGCAACUGGAGUGAUUACUGUCAAGGCACGGCUCGACUAUGAAACUCAGCCAGAAUUGAACUUUGUGGUCGUGGCGCAUGACACUGGCGUCCCCCUGCUCUCAGCCUCCACCACCAUUGUUGUUCAGCUGGACAAUAUCAACGAUGAGGAGCCAGUGUUUGGCUCACCCAUAUAUGAUGCUGAGGUGCUGGAGAACUCACCCGCUGGCACACCCAUCAUUAAUGUGACGGCCGUCGAUGCUGACAAGGGAAUGUUUGGUGUUGUUACCUACUCACUUGCAGGUGAUCACCAUGAGUACUUUGCCAUUGAUGCUAAUGGUCAGGUGACAGUGCAAAAUGGUGCCUUGCUGGAUCGAGAGGCAUUGGCAUCUGUGGUGUUGCGAGUCGUAGCUACAGACAAGGCACCAGAAAACAACCGCCACCAGUCAUCUAUUCCGCUCCACAUCACCAUUGUUGACACCAAUGACCAUGCCCCAGUCUUCAGCCAAGUCUCCUACUCGGCCAGUGUUGUAGAGAACCUUCCCCUUGACCCCCCGGCACCCAUCAUGCAGGUCACGGCCCAUGAUAAAGAUGAGGGACUCAAUGCCCUUGUUAGGUACGACAUCACAGAGGGAAAUGAACAAGGAGCCUUCUACCUGGACCCUGAGACAGGUAUACUCUACCCAGCCCGGCCACUCCUGGCCAACCCAACCAACUACAACCUUACCAUAGUAGCCAGAGAUGUAAAUGGCACAGGUGAGUACAGUGAUGAGACGACAGUGCAGAUCACAGUCCUGCCUCAGAACCAACACAAGCCCAAGUUCACCUCACCUGCCCUGCCCAAUACCACAGUUAAAGUAGAGGAGAACUAUAGCUCUGCAGUGCAAGAAGUGAUCACUGUCAGUGCAGAGGACAAGGACACGGGAGCCAAUGGUGAGAUACGCUACCACCUGCUAAUUGGUGAGCAGGUGUUGCAAGACACAGCAGAGUUCCACCUCAACCCGACUACUGGUCUGCUCACCACCAAGCGUGUUCUUGAUAGGGAGGAACAAAAUAAGUAUGAGCUUGUGUUGAUGGCGAAGGACCAAGGUUCACCGAUAUCAUAUGAGACUCUGCGGUUCCUCACUGUGGUGGUGGAGGACCAAAAUGACAACCGUCCAAUGUUCCCUGUAGACAACAUGUCUCAGUCGUAUCGCUUCAGCAUCCCUGAGAACACUGCAAAACACACACUGAUUGGUCAGCUGGAGGCACAUGACCCUGAUGAUGGCCUCAAUGCCAAGAUCUUUUACUAUUUGGUGUCAGGCAACUCCCAUGAGAACUUCUACCUAGACAAGCUGCAUGGGAAGGUGUACACGAAUGCUGUGCUGGACAGGGAGCAGCGUGAAUCCUACACCCUGGUGGUCAAGGCUACUAAUGACCCAAAUUUUAUUAUUGACCCUGAGCAAGAGGUUGUGUUUGACUCUGAAGACCCCACACAGGCAGUUGUCUCCAUUAGUGUUGAAGAUGAGAAUGAUACACCACCACGCUUCCUCCAGGACUUGUAUUAUGCUGGUGUAUCCCAUAAGGCAGAGGUGGACCGCUUUGUAAGGAUGUUGAAGGCAGUGGAUGAUGAUGCAGGACUCAAUGGGACACUCUCCUACUCCAUCAGAGCCUCCAACCUCUUCAGGCCAGGAGACACCAAAGCCAUUGGUUCAAUCAUUCCAUCUCCAUUCAACAUCUCCCAAGAUGGGAAGCUGACUACAGCUUCUCUCAUGUCCCAGUACCGUCGCCACCGUUUCUUGCUGCAGCUGCAAGCUAAGGAAGAAGCACCACCACAUCGCACUGCCAACUGUAAUGUCAAUGUGUGGGUGUGGGAGCGAAAUGACUUAGCGAGGGUUGUGCUGGCUCAGCCACCCGAGGAGGUGGUGAAGCAACAGGAAGAGAUUGCUGCUGUGCUGUCCAAGGUUGCUGAGGGCACAGCUGUGGUGGAUGAAAUACGUUACCACGUUAACCCUGACAAUACUGUCAACAGGGAAAGGACAGACAUGUUGGUUCACUUGGUGAAUCAGACAGACCAAGUAAUGCCGGUGCCUCUGGUGCUGCAACGCCUUGACCAGGGUUACUCCACCCUCAUCAACAAUACCCACACAGCCUUCAUCAAGAAUAUCUACCCAGCUACAGUGGAUGAGGUAGAAGAGGAGGUGGAUGCCCGCCUGGCUGGCCUCAUUGCCUUGAUGAUCGUCCUCUUCGUUGGGUUCAUUUCCUUCCUGGUGGUAUGCUGUUGCCUCAGAUACUGGGUGAUGACACCUUCAGGCAGGUCCACGGAGCACCUCAUAAAACGGAACAUUGAUGAGGACUUAGGGCUUAAUACCACAGAAAAUCCUCUUUGGGUAGAUCAAAAACUAAAAAUGUAUGAGGAGCAAGAACUGACAAUGCAGGUGAUGAGUGAGUUUGAUGCAUCACAAGUGAGUGUUCCCCCCAAUGCAGCACAGGGACCAAGUGUGACAGUAGAUGCUGAGUGGACACCAGAGAGAAGGACCAGCAUAGACUUGUCACAGAUUGAUGCACAGAGCAACACAUACGCCACCAUCCAGAAAUCCCAUGGAGGAACACUGCGCUCGCUGCAGCUCAGGAGUCUGCAGCGUGGAACUCUGACCCUUGGGGAGGAUCCAGGGGAGAGCAAUGAUUAUGCCACCCUAGACCACCUCCAUCGGCCAGCCUCUGCUCAGGGCCCUCGCGUCCCAGGAAUUGAGACGCCACGGUCACCCUUGCACCAGAACGGUGACUACCAUGAGCUGAGGACUUCCUUCACUGGCUCCACUUUCCAGCCCCCUGAUCUGGCUAACCGACCACUGCCGGAUGAGCCUUCCUCAACCCUUCCAAACACAGGCUCUCGCAAUCUUGCCUACAAUGCUCAAGGAGAACCUGUGCUUGUUGCAGAGUUGAUCUAAAUACUGUGGUAUAAUAAUCUCUACUAGACUAACUACAACAACCAAUGUGUUGCACUUCAUUGUGAUGAAGCAUGAGGUGUAUUUUAAGUGGCAUGGGUCAUGAAAAGGUGAAUACCUGAAUGUGUUGUAAAGUUAUAAUGACAAAUGGAGCUAUUUAUCAACCAUCUCCCAGGAAAUACUCAAAGUUCUGUACAGUUUAAGGAGGUAUAGGCUGUGACAUAAUGUUCAGGUGUUUAAGCUUCAGUUGUGGUAAUCAUCAGGGCUGAUUACCAUAAGUGCUAAGCUACAGUAAAUACCUAAUUCUGCAUAACAUCAACCCAUCACUUGUCUUGGCACAAAGUUAAACAGUGCCAUAUAUACUGAGAGAGAAUAAGUUUCUCCAAAUACCAUUUGUAAAGUGUCAGUUUGUAAAAUGAGCUCUGGAACUUAUUUAUUUCACCAAUUUCAAACUUCUCCCUUCUGCUAAAUUUAUUUGUCUAGUAAAAAUUUCUAAGAAUUUCUCAGUAUUAGCAAUGCUUGAUGGAGCUAAACUCAUGAUGUGCCCUGGAAUACUCACUAUUGCUUUUGUUUAAGAUUGGUUGCAUUAUCACCACAGGCAAAGACUGUUGUUACUCAGAGGGAACUCUAUACUCACCCAAGGCAUCAAGACUAAAAUCUGUCUCUCAACAGAAACAGGAACCAGCAACUCAUUAUGUAACUUUUGUCAGUAAUUCCUCACACACUAAUUAUAAUAUUUAUAGACCAAUAAAUAACCAAUAUUACCAUUCCCACAAACUAACAACCCUUCCACAAAAGUGCUAUCACAAUCAAGCCCUCUGAAGUAUUAAUAUAGCAGUUUUUGUAGCUAAUGUACCCAUAUAGUUCUAUAUAUGAGGUACUAAUAUUGAUAAACUGCUAAAUCUACAAAAUGCAUGCAUAUAAAUGAAAAGUGCAAGGAAUUUAAUGGAUAUAUGAUACACAUACCUAGUUAGUCAUGGUGAUAUGCAAUGAUCUAUACAACUGUUUUUCACUGUGUAACAACCCAUUUACAACAGAAAAAUAACCAAUUAACCUACUCUGUACUAUCAUACAAUGUGUAUAUUUGUAAAUACUGCAGACUUAAUAAUCAUACCAACUAUAUCAUUACCUGUUAAUUACUAUAAAAAUAUUUUUAUAUAUGAAUUCACAAAGCAGAGACUAACUAAUGUAAAAUGCCACACCUUAAUCCAUGUGCAAACUAAAUUUGCACUGUCAUAUAGUUUAUUUCUUCCCACAUUCACUUCUUCUAACCUUUCUUACAUUAACUCAAUAAUACAGGUACCUCUCAAUUAACGCGAGUAUUGUGUUCCUGGUGAGCUUGUGUAACGUAAAUUUUGCAUAAAAUAAGGAAUUUUUCCCAUACUAUACUGUGAAGUGUGUUAUGCACCAGCCAUGGUGCACUAUGCAUCAUCGAAUGGAAUCGGACUUAAAUCUGUGUGUGUGUGUCUGUUGUUUAUUUGUGGAAUACAUAAAAUAUAAUACUUGAGACAUCGUGGAGUCUAGUUGAAGAUCAAGAGUUUCGCCUUUGUAACAGCACUGGCUUGGGUUGGUCUUGGUACCUGGUUGGACUUGUCCUUACUACUGGUGUGGUAACAAAAAAGUUGCCGUAACUCCAGUAAUCUAUACAGUAUAUUCCAAUGGUAGUAUGAGGUUUAAUCAUACACCCCCCCUUCCAAGUCUUGGUCAUCACCCCAGCCUUGCCAUACUCUUCAUCAGUCAUGUUAAUUAACACUUUUUUUACAUCUUUAGUGCCUGCAAGGUCUUUUUGCAACAUUAUCUGAUCUACUCCAUAUAUUACAGGAGGCACUUCUAGGGUGCAUACUCCUUAUAAAUGAUAAGCUGUUGUGUGUGUAACCCAACCGAACAGGAGCUUGGGUGUCAUCUGCUACAGCUGGAGGGGUAAUGAUACAGUGUGUCCAGAUGUGCGUAUGUACAAAUGUAUGUUCACUAAAUGCGUGUGUGUGUGUGUGUGUGUAUAUAUAGCUCACUGUUCACUGCAUAAGGACUGGAGUCUGACCAUCGUGUAAGUUCAACCAUAUGGUGCAGGUCAGUGUUGCCAACUCCUCAGUAGCACUCGCCCAUAAAAGUAGCCCCAAACAACUGUGAAGCAGAGCAGGAAGCAUGGGAAAACACUUGAGAUCUGGCAGCCACUCAGAAUUAAAUCCCUGCCGCAAAUUUUGAUUUGGUCACCGUGUUAAUUUUUAAAAAUCGUGUAAUGUAAAAUAUAUACUGGCUUAAGUUUAUAACAUCACAUUAAACCAAAUUAGUGAGAGUUAAACUUGCGCUAGAGGAGAGGUACCUGUAUUUCAGUCCUCUUUAGUUUUGACUAAAGAAUCGGCCCCAAUUUAUACUUUUUUAUCCAUUUCUAUGCCUAGUCCAUGAAUUUCCACAACCCUUUAAUUAUUUUAAUAAUUUCUGCAUAUUCGUCUGUUUGAUGUUCUACUCAUUGGUGGUCUUCUGUAUGGAACACUUGUUACAUCCUAUAACACCACUCUAUACUGGUCUAUCUACCAUUCUGUAAAAGUAUUGUUUGAUUGUUUCUGAGAAAAACCAAGCUGGAUUAAUUAAUUGUGCAACACUACUUAGAACACUGACCAAGUAGAACAAGAUAUGAAGUAGCCUUGGGAGGGGAGGAGUUAGAAUAUCUAGGAGUGAGGAAGGAAGACUGCAAUGAAGGGAAAGCAGAUUAUUGGGUCAAUCACAAGACAUGUCCCCAGUCCAACCUCUUCCUUCCCCUUUACCGUCUUCAACUCAAAUCUGUUUUUAUAUAAAUCAAUCACCCUUAAUUCAUCCGCUUCAGCUAACUUGAAGCUUCAAGUGGCUGAGAAAUGGCUAAAUAUGGAAUGAAUAUGAGGGCAGCAAGACAGCCUGGAGUGUGCAUUAGCAUGUUCCUCUCAUAACCAUCCAGCCACUAGUAUUUUGGGGGGCAUUAAAAAAUUGUUGUUACUGCAUAUUUUUGGUUACAAAAACCUAUUUGUGAUGGCUGGCAUCCAGUCCUGAUCCUCCUGCUGUCUACCGACAUGGGGCUGACCUACCAAUUGCCACGUCACCACUUCUUUGCCUCCUUCAGCUUCUCCACUCACAAGACAUUACAAUGUGUUUCACCUGCCACAAACAUUCCAUGGGAUGUUGCACAAUCAAUUACUCUGCCAGCUUUCUAUUCAUGUAAUCAAGUUGCUGAGCACAACAGUUUACAUCUUUGAAAAUAUGUUCCAUAAUGUUAACAAAAAAGUAUGUUUGGCUCCCUCUGACCUCAUUUUGUACAUAUAUCAUCACUUGUAUUCAAGAAUACAGCCUGAUUUCUGUAUUGUAACUUUAUUUCUUCCUUUUUGUAUAUACCCUUUAAUGCUUGAAAUUGUUUCAUUAUGAAGCAUAAUAAAUGGCUAAAUCUA